AUGAAGAAGACUCUCCUCUUGGUGUUUAUACACGGCUUCAAAGGCACCGAUCACACUUUCCAGAACUUCCCCAAGGACCUCAAGGAUGCCCUCGCUAUUUCUCUGCCGAAGAUUGAUGUCUUGACGAUCCAAUACCCGCAGUUUGAGACUCGAGGGGACUUGAAGGACUGCGUGGCACGUUUCAAGGAAUGGCUGCAGAACAAGGUCAUCGACCUCGAGGUCGCGAACAGCACUCCGAGUCCUACUGUCCAUCCGAGUGUCCAUGUUGUGCUCUGCGGACAUUCUAUGGGAGGCAUCGUCGCGGCAGAGGCGUUGCUGAGUAUCGCUAAGGACGAACCAGUGUCAUCCUCACUGGGUGGCAUGAACCCGACAGCAGGGCACAAUGCGACCAUGAACGAACCGUCCAACCCGCCGAACGAGCCCUCGCGACUGUUCUUUCCGCACGUCCAAGCGAUCUUGGCCUUCGACACACCAUACCUGGGCAUAAGUCCUGGCGUGCUAGCACACGGCGCCGAGGCCAAGUUUAACCAGAGCUCGCAGGCAUAUAAGGCAUGGGACCAGGCGAGCUCAUUUUUUGGCUGGAACUCACCCAAGAGCGCAUCAUCUACACCUAUUGCGAAUGCCUCGAGUAAAGGUCUGCCCGCGCCGAACAGUACUACCGCCGCUGGAGGAAGCAAAUGGGGCAAGUACGCCAUGUAUGGUGCUGGUGCGGCGGCAGUAAUAGCUGGUGCAGCAGGCGCAACCUAUCUUAGCUGGAAUCAGAUCUCCCAAGGACUGACAUGGGCUGGCAGUCACCUCGAGUUCGUCGGAUGUCUAGCGAGAGGCGCAGAGCUACAGAAACGAGUGGAGAACGUGGUAGAUCUGACAAAGACACAUGGCGUGGGCUUUGCGAACUUCUACGGAGCACUGGACGAGAAGAUCACCAGCCAGACGAAGUACGCCGGAGCAUUUUUAGGUGACGACCGCACGUUCUGCGUGAUACCCAAGAAUGCGCGUAAUAUCGGAAGCCCUACAGGCUCAAAACGCGAUCUGCCAAGGUCAAGAGAUGCGUCGCUCAAGCCAAAGAAACGGAAAGCUCAAGAGAAGGAAGCGGAUGCUGCGAUGGAGGGGGAGAUGGAACAAGGUGAGAAGGUCAGAGAGUAUGCAGAUGAUACGUCGAAGAGCAAGGGACGAUGGGUCAAAUGUGUCAACCCUCUGGUCCACGAUGAGCUCACGGCUCAUACUUCAAUGUUCACGCCUGCGAAGAACUCGGACUAUCGAACUAUGAUUCCGCGCGCGAAAGACCAGAUCCUGGAGUGGAUUCUGGUUGACUCGGUUUGGUACGAAACUUCUGGCGAGCAGGAAGAGCGACGCGAUGAGGAAGAAAAUGCCACUGCUGGAGACGAACCGACUAUGGCCGACGAAAAGGAUGACGAGGCCGUUCCUGCUGAACGAUAG